AUGCAGCUCCCCUCGGGCCCCGCCUGCAUCUUCCUGAGGAAGGGCAUCGCGGAGAAGCAGCGGGAGAGGCCCCUGGGACAGGACGAGAUCGAAGAGCUCCGGGAAGCAUUUCUAGAGUUUGACAAGGACCGAGAUGGGUUCAUCUCCCAUAAGGAUUUGGGGAAUCUCAUGAGGACAAUGGGUUACAUGCCCACAGAGAUGGAAUUGACCGAACUGGGCCAGCAAGUCCGCAUGAACUUGGGGGGCCGUGUGGACUUCGAGGACUUUGUGGAGCUGAUGACCCCCAAGUUGCUUGCAGAAACGGCUGGGAUGAUUGGUGUCCAGGAGAUGCGAGACGCCUUCAAGGAGUUUGACACCAAUGGAGACGGGGAGAUCACGCUGGCGGAACUGCAGCAGGCCAUGCAGAGGCUUCUGGGAGAAAGGCUCACCCCCCGGGAGAUCUCCGAGUUUGUCCAGGAGGCCGACGUCAAUGGAGAUGGCACCGUUGACUUCGAAGAGUUUGUGAAGAUGAUGUCCCGCUGAGGAUGUCCCUGGGGACCCAGAUGCUCCCCACCGGGCCAACGUGGAUUCAGUGCUUGCUGAGGACCCAAUCCCUACGACCCCUUGAAGGAUGGAGGGUGGGAGGGUGGGUAGUCAAUGGCCUUGCAGCUGUAUGGGUGGAGGUUAGACUGAAAGCAGCAGCAGAAAUUCCAGAGGGUGACGACAUCUUUUCCUUACACAUAGUCCUAAAUCCCUGUGACCUGCCAGAGUCUCUUCCCUAGUUUCUCCCUGGGCUAAGCAGCUUUCUUUCCUGUUGGGUUGUCCUCCCACCCCUCCCACCCUUCCGACUUCAACUUCAGAAGCCCUCAUUCUGUGAGAGGGAGACAUGUCAGUCGUGGGGCUAGAAACUGGCCUGUUGAUGAGGCCGGGUGUGAGAGCGUGCCUUAGGGGGCACUCCCGGUGAAUUCACGAGUUCCUGGAAGCACAGUUGGUUUUAUUCCCCUCUGAUCUCCCACAUCCCCCUCCUGGUGUAAGAUACUCUAGGGAACUGAAUUAAAUCACAAAUCUGGAUUAUGGAGGUUUAGGCAAGCAGAUCCCUGGGGAAUUAAUCCCCCACCAAAUAUCCAGAGAGAAAGAGAAAGAGGAUCCCCCAAAUCCCCUGCUCAGCCAGGUGACUGCAAAGCCAUCUCUGGAAGCCCCCUGCCUCCUCGCCAGUCUCCAUCCUCGAGUCCUGGCAUCCGUCUGUCCGUGACACUGAGGACAGGAUUCCCCUUCGCCUCCACCUGGGAACAGCUCACCUCCAGCAGCACCAAGGUCCUCAAAAUAAAGGUUUCAUGUCCAAGAUUUUCUCGCUUUGACGUUUGUUGAGCAGAUGCAUGGAACGGGUUGUUCAA